UGUGCAGCUGUAACGCUCUCACCUGCUCGCGUGCGGCCGAAAGGGAGGCGGAGCCAGGCCGCCGACGGCUGCUGGCCUCAACCUGUAGACCUGUACGGGGAGCGAGCAGAGGAGCGCGGCGGCGGCGGAGGGAGGGGAAGCCACCGUUCAACCCAUCACCACAGCCGGAAAAAUUAUUUCUCGGGAUUAAUCGAACCAGUCGAGCACAAUUGUGGGGUCCUUCCUGAGCGGCUUUCCUCCCCCCCCCCUCCUGCGGGCUAAAUGACAACCGCCUGCGUCGCCGAGGGGAGCAGUGCGCGUUUAAUGGCGUUUGGGAAGUCUUCGCGGCUCUCUCCGGGUAGAAGAGGAGACAUUACGCCGCGAGUUAGCUAACGUUAGCUCGCUAACAAGCGCGGCUGACAUGGACGUCUGACAGGCUGUCAAAGAUAUCUUCAUGGAUCACGGAAGACGACAAAGAGAAAGUGCUGCAUUUGUGAGCAUAGCCAAUCACUAGAGAUUCUGACCCAUAAGCAUAUCAUUGAAGUGACUUCAGUGCAUGUGGCCUUCUCAGUCGUUCACAGACAUCUGCUGUGCAGCCCAAAGGCCUAUUGAAAUGCACUAUAUACUAAGAGACAUGAGCUGCGGGGACGCAGGGAGGUGCAGGUUUCCUUGGUGCAGGACUCUCCCUGUAGUAAUAUGGCUUCUGGCAACCCUGGCCCAGGGCGCCAUGCCAGAUCAACAAGAAACACUGGUGGACAUGAUAUCAGUGGAGCUAGAGGCCUCUAUGCAGUCCUCUGUGAUGUCUGAGCUCCAGGCGGCAGCAGCUUCAGUUGGUGAAGGGCCAUCUACAGCUGUCCCAGAGUCUCCUGCGAGGAAUGGGGGAGUGCACACAAACAUCCCUGAUUCCUCAGCAAUCGUAGGCCAGGUGUUCCAAUUGAAGGUCCCCCCUGGACCCGACCAUCCAAGCUGCAACGUCCAUCUCACUGAGAUGGGAAAAGAGACCUUACCCGCCUGGCUAUACUGGGACAGAGAGAGCUGCACUCUGAGAGGAUUGGCUCUGGAACAAGAUAAAGGUGGAUAUCAUAUCUUGGUGUCAGGGGAGCAGACAACUGAAGGGACAAGUAGCAAAGUGUAUCCCAGUACAGUCUUCACCAUUGAAGUGUACCCAGAAGAACGGGCCGACACUGAGCCGGCUCUGCUCACGCUACAGUCCGAUAUCGGUGGCCUGCAGCCUUUCACCUGUGGCUCGGAGGAGCCCGUCACGGUCCUUACCGUCAUACUGGAUGCUGAUUUGACAAAGAUGGUUGCUGAACAGAGGGUCAACUUGUUAGGACUGAUGAGGAAGUUUUCACAUGUGCCUCUGGAGCACAUGAGAGUGGUCCCUGUUGUGAACAAUCGCUUAUUUGACAUGUCUGCUUUCAUGGCUGGACCAGGAAAUGCAAAGAAAGUGGUGGAGAAUGGAGCCCUGCUGUCAUGGAAAGUCGGUUGUGCCCUUGAUCAGGCCAGCAUCCCUGACAUUAGCAGCGUGCAGUCCUCAGCAAAAGACGGGACAAUGUCAGUCCGGUUGGGCUACCCAGUGGUUGGCUGGCAUAUUGUCAACAAAAAGCCCCACGUAGUGAAAAGGAUCAGACGGCAGUUGUACAACACCCCCACUCCGGUGCCAUCCCUGCUUCCGCCCACUAUCAAUCAAGAGCCUUUUUCUCGUGUUGUUCCUACCCCAACUUCACCCUCUAUUGCCCCAGCAACAGACAACUCUUCUCCCCCUGUCCGAGGCCCUUUGCCUUUACCAGUGAAGCCCACAUUGAGGGUCCGAGAUCAGAUAGCUCAUACACCUGCCAUUGGACUUCCUCAACCAACCAGAGUGUUGGGAACUACGAGUACCAUUCCGAUCAUGCCUACCAUGACCAGGCCUACAAUUCUGGGGCCCACUGCUUCGCCUACGCCGCCAGGCACCACCAAAAGACCAAAAACCCCAAAGAAGCCCAAGAAACCCAAGAGCUCCACCCCUGCUCCCCGAGAGCCAAAGUCCACCACUCCGAAACCACCCACAUUUACCACUCCUCUUUCUCUGGCCCCAGAUUUGAAUCAAAACCCAGCAAUUCGCAACCCCAUUGAUCAGGUCACGGCAUGGGUCGGCACAUACUUCGAGGUCAAAAUUGCUCCUGAUGCGUUUUAUGACAGAGAGGACGGUACCACAGACAAGUUGCGCCUGACUCUAAAGAAGACCCCCAAGGAUGCUGUGAGUGAAACCUCGUGGAUCCAGUUCAACAGCAGCAUCCAGCUUUUGUACGGCCUUCCAGACGAGGCACAUGCGGGCAAUCAUGAGUACUUCAUGCUGGCCACCGACAAGGGUGGGAAAAGCGUCAUGGAUGCAUUCGAGGUUCGAGUCAACCCCUGGACUAACAACGACAAACCGUCAGUGGUGUUUGCGGCUCGUUUUCGCGGCGAUCCCAAAGAGUUGAGCGAAAAUGUCCACAAAAAGAUUCUUCUGACUAAAAAACUGGCUUAUGCCCUAGGGGACCGGAACACCAGCACAGUGACCCUGAGGAGCAUCACCAAAGGAUCCAUCGUGGUCGAAUGGACCAACAACAGCCUUCAGCAGAAUUCUUGUCCAAAAGAACAGAUCACUGCCCUGAGCAAGAAAAUCUCAGAUCACCAAGGAACACCUUCGCCAGCCUUCACCAAGGCCAUGCUGCCUGAGUUUAUACCCAUAAACAUCUCUGUUCGAGGAGCCAAUAAAUGUCAGAGCUACACAUUCAUUCCACCGGGAGAGGUGCUAAUGCCUGACCUUCCUACAGCCACACCUUCCCCUGGGACAAGUCAGAGCAGCAGCGAUGACGUCUACCUGCACACAGUCAUCCCAGCUGUGGUAGUGGCAGCCCUGUUGCUUAUAGCUGGGAUCAUUGCCAUGGUCUGCUACCGCAAGAAGCGCAAAGGAAAAAUGACAAUAGAGGAGCAGGCCACCUUUAUAAAGAAGGGGGUUCCUAUAAUAUUCGCUGAUGAACUGGAUGAUUCCAAGUCCCCACCGUCCUCCAGCAUCCCCCUUAUCCUGCAAGAGGAAAAGCCCCCACUUCCUCCUCCUGAGUACCCCAACAUGGCCGGCCCCCACAGUACCCUGCUCAACCAGGACCUGCUGGAGGAGUAUUCAGUCUAUCAGGAUGACGAUCCCAAUGCUCCACCUUAUCAACCCCCACCCCCGUUUACCGUUCCCAUCGAGGGAAAAGGCUCGCGCCCCAAGAACAUGACAUCCUACAGGUCACCCCCUCCCUACGUACCUCCCUAACGCACAGCUGAGCUCUCCGUUCGAACAGCUGGUCCACUUUGGGGAUGCUUCUCAGCAACUGCAACAGGAGUACUUUUACUUGUGUCCAAUGAACUGGCUUUGACUUUAUAGAAGAGCAAGCAACAGCAUAUAUUAGACCAUCAUGAAUAAAACGUUCUGCUACUGUCGCUGGACAAAUGGAUGGAGAACAGUUUGUCGUUUCUUUUCCUGUACUUCAGAUCUGCUUUUGACUUCUUGCAUCUUAUUUCUUUGUCCGUUUUUUCUUGCCAAGAAGAGUCGGUUUUAUCUCCAAUGAUCUUCUAUUUCUAUUGUAUAGAAAAUAAUAAAGCAGCAGGAAAAACUGAGGUCCUUUGGGACUUUUGUGCAGAUGUCACCAUGACAGCAGACUCGAGGCUCUCCCUCCUGAUGUUAAUCUUUGAGUUCUAAAUCAUUCUUAUCUGCCCUUCAGCUAGGUUUAGUAAGACUUUGCACUUGUUUCUUGAGGGGAUGAAAAGUAAAAUGGGAGAUUAAACGCACGACACAUUCACACACAAAUUGAUUUGUUUAUCAGAUAUCAAUCGUCCCUGUUCUUUUACUUUGCUCCCUCUGGAUAACAUGCAAUCUGUGCACUUAUGCAAAUUCUUGGUAAACCUUGCACUAUGUGUCUUGACCAGAAUUGAGACGGUUUAGUGUUGUGACGAAUAAGAAGGUACAAGAAUUUUUGGAUCCUUGAACUCGCCAUAUGACAGAGAUUCCUCCGGUACUUGACCACAAGGGACGCAACAUUGAUCAUGCCUGUGGUAGAUGUAGCUUAAAUGAUUUCUUUUUUUUUUUUUUUUUUCCUCUCUUUAAUGUGUGCCACUAAAGCUGCCGGUGAGAUGACUGGGUUUGCUGUUGCCAAGGUGAUGUCUCUGGUCACAGUGCAAAUCUUAUGGGGUUGCUACAACAAUAACAAAGGGGCCAUCGGAACGCUGUUCUUCACAGCAGGCAGAAAAUCUGUCAGUAAGUUGGACCCAUUGUCAUUUAUUCCAUUUUUUUUUUUUUUUUUUUUUUUUUAAUAGCUGUGAGGGGUAGUGGGCAUAGAAUACCAUAAUACCACUGCUCUGCCUCUAGGGAUGGCACGACUCGUGUGGUGCCUGUUGUCGGUUCAGGUGAGGCAUGGGGAUGUAUAUAUUUGUGUGCCUGUGAAAUAAAACUCCAUAAUGUUGAUGUUUUAUCAGUAAACCUAGUUGGGUACCGGCGGGGUAUGAGUGGGGAAAUUAUUAUUUUUUUUUUAUUGUACGUCUUGAUUUCUGAUCACUUAAAAAAAUAUAUAUAACUUUAUAGUUUGAGGGUAGAAAAGAUUGUUUACGUGCCCGCCACAUUAAAAAAAAAAAAAAGAAUAAAAAUAAAGCAUCUUAACGUGAUGGGGAUCAAAGAAACCACAACAUGUGAAUUAUGUACACUUCAUAUCAUCAUUAGAAAAAUGGUUAAAAAUCUAAUGUUUUUACUGAGUUUUUGAUACAGUCUUAAACUUGUUUUAUGAAAAUAUAUUAAUAAAAUGUAAUACUAUUUGUAAAA